AUGCGUCGAAUCCACCAUGCACUCGUGGCCUUGUCUUGGUUUCGAUCACCAUCUCCACUAGUCCCCCAAAAUAUCAUCCCAACGUCGACUCUGCUUCAAUUGCACACCUUACAUAUCUCGGAACUAAUUUCACCUACACCAACCAACGAAUCCUCCCUAGGGAUCGCUCAUGCUACUGUAAUCAAGAAUGCUGCUAUCACUCACUUGGAUGUGAGCAACUAUCUAUUGAGCUUAUAUGUAAAGUUCCGAAAUUUAACACUCGCCCACCAACUGUUCGAUGAAAUUCCUCAGAGAGAUGUGCGAUCAUGGACUAUCCUUAUUUCCGGGUUUUCACGAAUUGGAUCACACAACCUGGCCUUAGGUUUAUUUACCCAGAUGCAAAAGGAACGUAUUACCCCAAAUCAGUUCACAUUUUCGAGUGUUUUGAAGUGUUGUGGAAGUGCAAAGGAGCUUAACAUGGGUAAAACGAUUCUUGGAUGGAUAUUGAGAAAAGGGGUUUUUUUAGACACGACAUUACAGAAUUCCAUUCUUGAUUUCUAUGUGAAAUGUCAGGCUUAUGAUUAUGCCACAAAGUUUUUUGAAUUGAUGACUGAUAAAGAUACAGUCUCAUGGAAUAUAAUGAUCAGUGCACUUUUGAAGAACAAAGAUAUAAAAAAAGCUGAGGAUUUAUUCUUGCAAUUACCCAAUAAAGAUCCAGCAAGUUGGAAUACUAUCAUAGAUGGAAAUUUGCAAAAUGGGUAUGAACAAAGGGCACUCCAACUUCUUUACCAAAUGGUGACAAAUGGUACAUCUUUUACACAUUUUACUUUCUCAAUAGCUUUAAUAUUAGCAUCUUCUUUAAAUCAUAUCAAUUUAGGAAAACAAAUUCAUGGUAAACUUCUAAGAGUUGGAAUCCAUGAUUCCUUCAUCAAGAAUUCACUUCUUGACAUGUACUCCAAAUGUGGCGAAAUGGAAAAAGCAAUGAUCAUUUUCAAAACUUCAGAAGUUGACUUUGUGUCUUUAAGUUCAAUAGUUAGUGGUUACAUUCAAAAUGGUAAGAUAGAAGAUGGUUUAAAAGUUUUCACCUUUAUGGUUCAUGAACAUGGCGAAAUUGACAAAUUUACCCUUGCGAGUAUUCUUUCUGGUUGUUCUGAUUCCGGGCUUUUGGAUCUUGGUCAACUUAUACAUACAUAUGUAUUGAAAACGGGACAUGAAGAUGUGUUUUUAAGUUCAUCAAUGAUAGACAUGUAUGCCAAAUGUGGAAAGUUACAAUGUUCUUUGUUAGUUUUUAAAGAAUCCAAGAUUAGAAAUGUUGUGUUAUGGACUUCCAUAAUAUCUAGUUUUGCAUCACAUGGUGAAGGAAAGGAGACUAUUCGGCUUUUUGAGAUGAUGAGAAACGAAGGGGUUGAACCAAAUGAGAUAACUUUUUUAGGGAUUUUAACUGCUUGUAGUUAUCAAGGGUUAGUUAAAGAAGGGUGUGAUUAUUUCAUGUUAAUGAAAGAUUUUCAUGGCAUUAAGCCUGAAGUCGAGCAUUAUACUUGUAUGGUGGAUCUUUUGGGAAGAGGUGAUUUAGAGAUGGCGAAAUGGGUUUGUGAAAAGUUAUGUGAAGUUGAGCCAUUAGAGAGUGGAGGUUAUGUUUUAAUGUCGAACAAGUGUGUGAAUGAUUGUAGGUGGGAGGAAGUUGCUAGGAUAAAGGGUUUGAUGCAAGAAAAGGGAAUAAAAAAGAAACCUGGCCAAUCUUGGAUCCAAUGA